CCACAUCUGUGUCAUAUGUCUGAAGAUGGGCUGCAGACACACAGACUGCCUCGCAAAGCCUUUGUCAGGCCUUUUUGAAAAACUUGGGUCACUCGUAGGUUCCUGUCCUUUUCCUUUUUUUAUAAUUCCUCUUAUACUCACAGGAGCACUCACCGGAGGCUUCACUUUUCUGAAUGACAGGGAAGACAAUGACUUUGAGCGGCAGUUCACACCCAGGAAAGGACCCUCGAAGGCAACAAGAGGGUUUGUCAGGGAAACUUUCCCCUACAAUGACUCAAUGUUCUCAGAAGACAGGUUGUACAACACGGGCAACUACGCAUCCUUCAUUGCUGUAUCAACUGACAGCUCAAAUAUACUAGCACAGCCUGCCUUCGAGGACAUCAUCAGACUCAACAAGAAGAUCCUUGAUAUGGCUGUGCACAAUGGGACACUAGGAUUCAAUGAGCUGUGUGCAAAAGCCAAUGGAAAAUGUGUCUCAAACACCAUCCUGGAACUCUUUGGGUCCGAUGAAGCCAAUCAAACCGGCAUUAGCUUCCCCGUAUAUACAGACAGAUCCAGAUCAGUGUUUUUGGGCUCUGUACUAGGUGGGGUCAUCACAGAUGCCAACAGCUCAAUCAUGAGUGCUCAAGCUGUGAGACUUUUCUACUACUUAGAUAACACAGCUGAUGCCUCAAAAUUAUGGCUGAGAGGAUUUAAAAAACUCUUAUCAGAUGCGAUAGACAGCGAACACAUUGACGUGUCUUACUACACCUCCAAAUCCAAGCAGGAUGAGAUUGACAGUCACACCACAGAUGGCUUCCCUUUAUUCCUCAUCACUUAUGCCUGUGCUAUCACCUUCGCGGUGAUAUCCUGCCUGAGACUGGACAACGUGAGGAACAAGGUGUGGGUGGCAGUCUUUGGCGUCUUCUCCUCUGGUCUGGCUGUUCUCUCUUCAUUUGGCUUGCUGCUUUACAUCGGAGAGCCAUUUGUUAUUACAGUAGCAAACUCUCCUUUUCUGAUACUUGGAAUCGGUCUCAACAACAUGUUCAUAAUGGCGUCCGAUUGGCAACACACCAAUGUCAAAGACCCAGUACCGAAGCGGAUGGCUCACACUUACAAAGAAGCUAUCAUGUCAAUCACCAUCACAGCCCUGACCGAUGUCCUCAAGUUUUCCAUAGGUGUCUUGUCCGACUUCCCAUCAGUGCAGUCGUUCUGCCUGUACACCACCGUCUCCAUCAUAUUUUGUUACAGCUACACAAUCACCUUCUUUGGAGCCCUCCUGGCUCUAAAUGGGAGGCGAGAAGCCAGCAACAGGCAUUGGCUGACCUGCAUGAAAAUACCAUCAGACCAUCUCGAUCAUCGUUCCAAGAUACAUAACAUCUGCUGUGUGGGAGGGAGCUAUGAUGAGAACACUGGAGCAGAGAAAAAACACCCAACGAGUAAUUUCUUUAAGGAUUACUACGGCCCAUUUUUGAUCAAACCCUGGGUCAAGACAGCCGUAAUCUUCCUUUACAUGGUAUAUUUAGCUGCAAGUAUUUAUGGAUGUUUCCAUGUACAACAGGGGAUUGAGCUGUAUGAUCUGGCAGCUGACAACUCCCAAGUUACAAGAUACAACAGGAAAGACAGGCAGUAUUUUUCUGAUUAUGGUCCAUCUGUGAUGGUUAUUGUAAGUGAGGAAUUCCCUUACUGGAACAAGACCAAGAGGCACCAACUUCAGGGAUGCAUAGAGGACUUUAAAAGACUCAAAUUGGUAGAUGAGGAUAUCUAUACAUCCUGGCUGGACUCUUAUUUAUCAUUUGGACAGGAAACAAGUUUACACCUUGAUGAUAAAGAUGCUUUUCUUAAAAAUCUGUCUCAGUUUUUUGAUUUAUUUCCCUUUUUCAAGCAAGAUGUGAACAUUACCGGAGAUGCCAUCUAUGCAUCCCGGUUCUUCAUCCAGACUACUGAUAUUGCCAAUGCGAGCAUGGAAAUCCAAAUGCUAAAAGAUCUUAAAACUACCACAGACAGAUGUCAUGUAGCAUCUUUAUUAGUCUACAACCAGAAAUUCAUCUUCUACGACCAGUACAGUGUAAUAGUCAGCAGCACAAUUAAAAACGUUGGUGUGAUCACAGCUGUGAUGUUGGUGGUCUCUCUACUCCUGAUUCCAAACCCCAUCUGCUCAUUAUGGGUGACUUGUUCGAUUGGUUCAGUGACUGUGGGGGUGACUGGUUUCAUGGUGCUGUGGGACAUCAGUCUUGAUUCCAUAUCCAUGAUCAUUUUCACCGUCUGCAUCGGCUUCACUGUCGAUUUCUCUGCUCACAUGUCUUACGCCUUCGUCUCCAGCAAGAGAACGAGUCCCGAUGACAAGGCUGUUGACGCUCUUUCCGGUUUAGGCUACCCCAUACUUCAAGGGGCUUUGUCCACCAUUUUAGGUGUGUCAGUGUUGGCUAUGUCUGAAUUUCACACAUUUAGAACAUUUUUUAAGAUCUUCCUCCUUGUCAUGUUUCUUGGGGUGCUUCAUGGUCUUAUUUUCAUACCAGUAAUUCUGUCUUUAUGCUCAAGUAAAAACAAUAGUCAACAAUCAGAAAACUCUGACCACUGUUAGAAUGUUGAUCACAUGCAGAUAGAUAGACAUAUUA